CAGAGGUCUCCAUUCGCAACUGUAGGGGCUUCAACGUCUACUGCUUCCCUCAUUUCCCGAAGCGAAACGCUAGCUGGUGGUAUACAUUGAAACGGGUUUUCGUAUGGAUAUAAACUGGCUUAUUUCUGUGAUUUAAUUUUUGGAGACUAGUAGAUACACGAUUUCCUACCAAGAGAUGGUUGCUUUUCCGGAUAAUGAGAGCUGUAAUGUUGCUGGACGCUACGAACCAGAAGGGGCCGAGAACCAUGAGGAAACCGAGGCGAAGUCCAAAGAUGCUAAAAAGUCCCGUAACCGGUGUAUCGUUUGGAGAAAUGUUAUACUUAUGUUUUUGCUCCAUACUGGUGCACUUUACGCAAUCAUCUUGAUCCCAAAGGCACAUCCGUUUACCUGGAUUUGGUCAUACAUGUGCUUCAUUGUCACAGCCCUUGGGGUUACAGCUGGAGCCCAUCGCUUAUGGAGCCACAGGUCUUACAAAGCCAAACUGCCUUUGAGGAUUUUCCUGGCAGCUGCCAACUCCAUGGCCUUCCAGAAUGAUAUCUUUGAAUGGUCCAGAGAUCACAGGGCCCAUCACAAGUACUCUGAGACAGAUGCUGACCCUCACAAUGCAGUGCGAGGCUUCUUCUUUGCACACAUAGGAUGGCUGUUUGUGCGUAAACACAAGGACGUCAUUGAGAAGGGCAAGCGGCUGGAUGUCAGCGACCUAUUGGCUGACCCUGUUGUUGUAUUCCAGAGGAAAUACUACAAAACCUCAGUAGUGGUGAUGUGCUUCCUGCUUCCUACACUGGUGCCGUGGUACUUCUGGGGCGAAAGCAUAUGGAAUUCCUAUUUCUUGGCUUCCAUCUUGCGUUACACCAUUUCACUCAACGUCGCCUGGCUAGUCAACAGCGCCGCCCAUAUGUAUGGAAAUCGCCCCUACGACAGGAACAUCAACCCACGAGAAAACCGAUUUGUUACACUUGGAGCUAUUGGUGAAGGUUUCCACAACUUCCAUCACACUUUUCCUUUUGACUACUCAGCGAGCGAGUUUGGCCUCCGUUUAAACCCCACCACCUGCUUCAUCGAUCUCAUGUGCUGGCUUGGCCUCGCUGGCAGUCGCAAGAAAGCCACACCAGAGAUGAUCAAGGCACGGAAGCUAAGGACAGGUGAUGGGAGCGCGUGAGGAACCAGUCAUACACCUCUCCCUGCUGCUCAUCAACUUAAGAAGGCAAUGUACAUGAGAGUGGAAAGGGGAUGGCGAGAGCCGUCAGGUUCAGUGUGUACUCUAUUUAAAUCUUCUUGAAUUCUGUUUUUUGCAUAAUGUUAUUAGCACUUUGUUAAACAGGCUGACCAGUAUGAUUUAGACAGACAAGUUUAGAUAUAGGCACACAAGUUUGGGUAUCUAUUUUGCUGCACAGUAGAAUUUUAUUGUUUGCAAAUAUUGUUGCCUGUCAUUAAUAAUUCAGUGGUGGCCAGUGUGUAUGUUUCUGGGUUAAGCAAUCAGUGUAACUUUUUUUUUUUUUUUUUUUUUUUUAAAGAAUCACCAUAAUUUGUAGCAUUCUUAGGUAGGGCACUUUUAAAACUUUGAAAAAUCAAAAAGAAAACUUUAGUUUGGCCCAAUAAUACCCUAAGAAGUGAAAUAUUUCACUACAAUUGAUCUGCCCUGUGGAGGGCUUGCCUUAAAUUUGCUGCUUUUGUGAUUUAAAUCUCCAAAACUGAGCACUUUAAAGACUGGCCAUGUUACUCACGCUUUUUCACAGUACUUUGCCAGAUUAAUCCCAAUGAUAACUAGUUAAUUUGCACUUUAGUUGAGCUCACAUUCAUACAGUGAGCGAUUAUAUAUCAUGCAUUUAUCCUCAAGGUGCAAAGUACCAUGGUAAAAGAUCACCUAAAAUUCUAUAAACGGAAUUUCACUCUCUUCUGUUUGUAAUAUUACAAAUUAAUAAUUGAUGUGUAAAUGAUUAAUUCCACAAGGGCAGCUCAUAUGUUGUAGAAGGGCAAGAAAAAAUAUGCAUCUAAGUCCAUGGCAGCCAUUUUUAUACCUAAAUUGUAUUAGCUUGGUCAUUUUGCAAUUAGGAUUUCUAGCAGACAAUUGAAGUUGAAAGACGUGAACAGAAAAGAUUGGUUUGCAUUAGCAUCAGUUCUUACUCUGGCCGCAUAUAAAACUGAGACUUUGAAAAGGAGUAUCUUGUUUAAAUGAGCAGAUUAUAGAAUGUCUCAAUGAGUAAUCGUGUUUAAUGUGUAGAUGCUCAUAAAUGCAUUAAUGUACGGUAAUGUAUGGUAAUAUCCUUGUUGCUCUGUGUGUGUAAGCGCAUGUAACUACUUCUGUCUGUAACAUGCUUUUUCCUGCAUUUGUUUAAUACUUUAAUUGCUACAUAGGUAAAUAUAUUGACCACACUUUAGAUGAUCAUCCACCAGAAAUCCUAGCCUAUAAAAAUGUUCAGCUAAACUCUCAUUAUAAUGUAACUUAGUCUAAGAGUAAACUUAUUCUGGGCAGGGACUGAUCAUGGUUCUGAAAGGCCACAGAAAACUCAAUCGCAACCCUGGAUGGAUGUGCACAAAUACAAAAACACAUACACAUGACUAGAAAAUACUCAACUCAUAGUAGUACAGUAGUAAUAGAACUCAAGAGAAAAUGACUAAAGAUAGCAUCUCUGGCUGAAGUGUGUAUCUAAAUUAUACAUGCAUUAUACAUAGAUUGUCCACGCAUAUUGGUUCCUGUGUUCCAAGACCCCUUGCAGCCUGAGGUUGCUUGGCAGUGAUCCCACUGGUCAUGUCUGCAUAGACGCUAGAUCAGGAAAACCAUGCCAUAUAGUGCCAUUUGUUAUGACGCUCCCCUAUACAUACCAGCAAGGUUACUAUGAUCAAAAUCCACUUUAUGACUUUACUGAUUUCUCAUGAAUUUGGAACAUGCUGAUUGUGACACUGGAAUUACCAUGUGCAUGUGCAAACAAUGGCUCAAAUCUUUUCCAUGGAUCAAAUAUGAUCAAUAAUCAGCAGUCCCAAUCUGGCACCUCCUCUUGAAUCAGUGUAGUUUUGUUCAUACAUGCUGCAAGCUCUGAGUUGAGGAGGUGUUCUCAACUAGGUCCACAGGGUUUUCUCAUUAGAGCCCAGCAUGCUUUGGCUGUUCAGUCAGAUAGUACAGCUUGAUCACAGACCCAGGUAGUGAACUGUCUUGAUGAGUGCAGUCAUAUAAGAUACAGCAUUAUUGUGUACCAGGAGACUGAGGCAGAUGUCACACUGAAAGGGAAUAUUUAAAGGUACUGGCUUAGGUCUUUGUGGGGAGGAAUAUUAGAAAAGAGAUUUUGGUCUCAGUCUCAAAAGUCAGGAGACAAAGUCAUGGUUUUAAAAAAUUGCUGAAAAAAAUUAUACUUUUAAAAAUUAGGACCUUCCAGGAAAGCAAUUGUAGAUCAUGCUUAGACAGGGUUUAUAUACAAUUAAUUAAUUGUUUAAAUGUUAAACAAAUGAACUAGACUUUCUUUGACUAAAUUCUGCUCUAAUCACAUUUGAUAAAAAUGAUUUGAAAAAAUUAUAAAAUUAUUAUUUAAAAUAACCAAUAGUAGAGCCUAUUACAAUGAUUAUAAAAAUUAUUGGAAAGGUGGCUUAUUAUUAUUAUACAUUUACAUUUAUGGCAUUUAGCAGACUUUUAUCCAGAGCAACUUGCAAAAGUUAUUACACAUACUUUAUUGUUGAUUUUACUUAAAUGUUCUGUUCUGUGAUUCUGUGCUAGCUGUUGUGAUUUUAUGAUUCAACAUCACACAUGCUUCAUCUUAAUUAGAGAUGUAUUCAAUGUAUAAAUCUUCAUGAAUUGGACUAGUUAUAAAUAUUCUUUAGCAUGUCAAAGGGUAAUAGUUAAGGCCAUGUUCAUGGAGAGCAAUGAUCAACCCAUGAAUUUUCAGGGCGUGAGAUCAUCUAAAUACAGGAUGGUCCACAAUACUACAUCUAUUCACUGAUAAAUGCAUCAUUGUUACAAAACUAAAUGUUUAUCCAUUUCUAUAUUCAGUAAGUAAACACUCAAUGAAUAGAUGCUGUUUAAAAAUAAGUAGCAAUUUAUUGCACAGAAAUUGUUAUUUGUGGAGUUAUCUUAGUUUAAUAAGUGUUCAAUAAACAUCAGUGCUACUA